AUGUCGUCCUCUGCAUCUACUUCCAAGCCUGUCGAACCAAAAAAAGAGAAAGAUAAAGAAGAGGAGAAGACAGAAGAAAAGCCACAAGUUAACACACUGGGCCUGCUGGAGGAAGACGAUGAGUUUGAAGAAUUCGAGACCGCAGAUUGGGACGAUUCCCAAACGGAUAUGGCACAUCUAAAUGGUGCCGCUUCCGGUGCAGCAAAGUCUGGUGGUGACAAGCUCUGGGAAGAUAAUUGGGAUGAUGACGAUAUAGAGGAUGAAUUCAGCGUGCAGUUGAGGAAUGAACUGGCGAAGACUGGAAAAAGCAGUGGGAACGAUAUGGAACAAUAG